UGUGUUGUUUUAAGAAAGAUUAGUAUUGAUUGGUAAUGUUUUACAGGAAAGUCCAACCUUCUGAACUUGUAGGGAGUGUCUGGACCAAAGAAGAUAAAGAAAUUAAUUCUCCAAAUUUAUUAAAAAUGAUUCGCCACACAACAAACCUCACUCUCUGGUUUGAAAAAUGCAUUGUGGAAGCAGAGAAUUUUGAAGAGCGGGUGGCAGUGCUCAGCAGGAUAAUAGAAGUUCUGCAAGUGUUCCAGGAUUUGAAUAAUUUCAAUGGCGUGUUGGAAAUAGUCAGUGCGGUCAAUUCUGUGUCAGUGUACAGACUAGACCACACAUUUGAGGUAAGUGUGAGCUUGCAUCUUUUGGAAGGGCAGAUAAAAUUAACAUACGAAAUUACUUCUACCUAUUUUUAAGCAAAUAUUUUUUAAAAAUCUGUCUGGCCCCCUUAAAUACAGAGGUGGAAUUAUUAGAGUUUAUAUCAGCA